AUGUGGAACGACGGAUUAAAGAGCUAUCGUCGCCGACGUCUCUCAAAUGCCACUUCCAGUACAAACAAAGAAGAGGCGCUAUCAGAUUCUAGGGCUCAAGGUAGUUCUUCGCCGCCUGCAGAGGGUGACGGCCGUGAUACCAAAGGACAGGCGCAGCAGCCGGCGUCCCCGUCCCAGGAAUCAUGCGACUCUAGAGACCAGGGCGACAAGCGGUCCGUAGACCCAAGCAACCGCGCCAACAACGCAGGGUCUGGUGUCACUUUCAGUGUCCUAGAUCAUGACGUACAGGCCACACCGUCGGAAAAUUGCUACACGCAGCGCGAAUGUCAAGCUGUCGACCUAACCAACCCGCCAAAACAGAGAGGUCUGAUGAAUACACCUAGCGGACCCACCUACGAAAUUCCGGCGUUUAUCAAGCCACUCCCAGGUUGGCUGAGCAGUAAGGAUUUGGAUUAUCUGCACCGCAAAGGUGCUCUCACAAUUCCUUCAAAUCCACUCCGCGGUCAGCUACUCCAGCGGUUUAUUGAGUACAUUUACCCAUUCAUGCCACUGCUGGACUUGAAGGAGUUGCUUCAGGCUAUUGAGUUGGAAGGAAAAGAAUCUGCCCCUCGCGUGAGUAUCUUAUUAUUUCAGGCGAUCAUGUUUGCGGGGGCUGCUUUUGUGGAUAUGGCGCACUUCAAAGCGGCUGGAUAUACCGUUCGGCGGGCUGCACGAAGAGAAUUUUUUGAGAGAGUGAAGCUCCUCUACUGCUUAAAUAUUGAACAGUUUGAUAUCACCCUAAUCCAGUCUUUACUAUUGAUGACACACUGGUACCAUGACAACACCUCUCACAAAUCUUUGUGGGGCUGGAUGGGUAUUGCUACGACAAUGUCGCAAGCGAGCGCUCUGCACAUAGGCGUGGAACAUCAUGGGCUCAGUCUCCGAGAGCAGCGGCUGAGGAAACGCCUCGGAUGGUGCGUCUUCAUGCGAGACCAAGUUCUAGCGCUGGGAAUGCGUCGCCCACCUCGCAUCCAGCUGGAAAACCACCAAAUCCCAAUCUUGUCGCUGGAUGAUUUCGAAUGCAACUCAAUCAAAACGACGGUUUUGCCCUCUGGCUGUACCGUGGCACGAGAUCUGGUCCAACAGCGGCAUUUGGCAGCGUUGUGUAUCGAAGUAUUCAAACUUUCCGUUUGCAUGAGUAAGGUGUUAUCAACCCAAUAUCGACCGGCCUCCAGGAUGCUUUCCGGGGACGAUGGCUCGACCUUGGUGCUUGUCCCGCGGCAUGAAAUGCUUGACGAGAAGCAGUUUGGUGCCUGUAAUCAGCACCUGGAGGACUGGAGACGCAGCCUCCCAAUGAUGUGCAUGUAUGAUUCAAUCUCGGCUCUGUCCGCCUGUGAAUCGCCUGUGAUAGUUAUUCAUAAAGCUCUCUUGAAGAUGAUGUAUCAUACUACAGUGGCUGCCCUGUACCGCCCACAGAUCAUGCCUUUCUCCCCUUGGUCUCCCGCAACUUUCUCCAUCGUCGAGGCGGCGAGAGCCUUACCGAAAACUUCGCAGACAAAAAUCUGCUCCGCUGCCACUGAGAUAAGCGACAUUGGACAUGACCUUCAGAAGCUCGGUCUUUUACAUUAUCUCCCAACCUCCAGCAUGACCGCAUUUCUGCCCGCACUCAUUGUACACCUAAUGCACAUUGCCUACGCCCGUGAAGAACAGGUGGCUCAGAGCAUGCAGCACUUCUCAAGCGGAAUGGCCAUCCUAACAAUUCUCAGUGACAGCUAUGCAAGCGCAGAGUUAGCCGUUCACUUCUUGGAAAACACCAUCAAUCUGUCUAAUAUGCGGAUUAGCCGGGUUGUCCGACUGCUGCAUCGUUCGCCCCCAUCCGAGCCUGCGAGUUGGCCACAGAGCGUCUCUUUCCCUAAGGUUGAUCACUCGCCCCCUGAUGAAAACGGACGACCUCGAUCUCGAUCUGUCGUUUCCGUACCCGACAAAGAAGAACAGUCUUCUAUUGCUACAUCCAUACUCAAAAGCAAUCCCUGGCCGGAAUGGAGUCUUUGGCUAGACGGGGAACCGUUGGAGUCGAAUCUUCUUGACCCCAGCUUGGCUGACUCUUUGGGGUCGCGCCUGGGUAUACAUGGGAAUUUGCAGGCAGAAAAUUUAGACUUCCCCCUAGUAUCGGACGAAAUAAACUUUUUCUCCACAGAUAUACGUGAGUUUUCCCCUGAUUACGAAAGAGCUGUGCUAGAGUGGGAGACUUACCUGAGAAACUCGGAAUUUUCAGCCAAGAGCACGCAUCUGGGGCCGGAAAUGGGCUUUUCACCGGACGGCGAUGCAUUCUUCCAUCCUGUCGAGCCUGAUUUGGAAGGAAUGAGCUCUGCACUUUUCAGUCACAGUGAUCUCUUUCAGCAGUCGGCCCACUGA